AUGGGGAAAUCCUUCUAUAAUCGUAGUACACGACUUUGGUGGGGGCAUUGUCACUUACGAAUUGGUAGUAGGUCACAAGUAAGGCUAAACAAAGGAGUUAAGUUUUCAUGCUUUCAACAUAUAGGGAAAUUUAUAGAGUUUGCCAGAGUAUCACGGUCCCUAAGGGCGGCAACACUGAGUAAAUGUUUACGAAGGAAUUUCUGGGGGAGCGAUUUUUAUUUGAAUGGACAGCCCAAAUCAGCACAGAACUACAAUCAACAGAUUUCAAAAACUACCCAGAAUGAAGGUGCAUAUAUAUAUGCUGUUGAGCGGGGAAAGAUCAUUCCGUCGGAAAGAGAACUAAAGAAAUUGGAGAAAGUUCUUGGGGUACCUUUGAGAAGAGAAAAACAGAAAACUCUCCUCAGGAGGUUGUAG